CAGGUGACCGGGAUGCGGAAGUCCUUCACGGGGGAGCGUUGCUUCCUGGGCCGUCUAGGCUGGUUGAGCUUUGUCGGCCACACUGAGCGUUGAACCCGAGGUCGUGGCCCGCUAUGAGCGAGACUCUGAGGCCCCCAGCACAACACUAAAUUUGUAAUGAAAUGGAGUCUGGAUCAAGCUCUUUCCGAGUGGAAUUUCCAGAUUUUUCUAGCACCAUUUUACAGAAGUUAAAUCAGCAGCGCCAGCAAGGACAAUUAUGUGAUGUGUCCAUUGUAGUUCAGGGCCAUCUCUUUAGAGCCCAUAAAGCUGUUCUUGCAGCUAGUUCACCUUACUUCUGUGAUCAGGUUCUCCUAAAAAAUAGCAGGCGAAUAGUCCUGCCUGAUGUGAUGAAUCCAAGAGUGUUUGAAAACAUUCUUCUGUCUACCUACACAGGUCGGCUGGUAAUGCCUGCUCCAGAAAUUGUUAGUUACUUGACAGCAGCAAGUUUCCUUCAGAUGUGGCACGUAGUGGAUAAAUGCACUGAAGUGCUAGAGGGAAACCCAACAGUUCUCUGUCAGAAGAUGAAUCAUGGCAGUGACCAUCAGUCCCCAAGCAGUAGUAGUUACAAUGGCCUUGCUGAAACCUUUGAACUUGGCUCUGGAGGACAGACAGAAUUCCACAAAGUGCAGGAACUGAGGGAUGGUGAAAAUGAAGAAGAGAGCUCUAAAGAUGAGCUAUCAUGUCAAUUGACAGAACAUGAGUACCUCCCCAGUAAUUCUUCAACAGAGCACGAUAGACUUAGCACAGGAAUGACAAGUCAGGAUGGUGAAGAAGGAACUAGUGAUAGUGCUGAGUAUCAAUAUACCAGACCUAUAUAUAGCAAACCCAGCAUCAUGUCUCACAAGCGGUGGAUCCAUGUGAAACCAGAAAGAUUUGAACAAGACUGUGAAGGUGUUGAUAAUCCUUAUGAUGAACAUCAAGUUUCUGAAUCCAUGAAUGCCAUUCAGGCAGAUCAUUCAAUCCAGUCUUCAGGUGUUGAAGACUUUCAUAUAGCUGACAAAAAGAUGGAAGCAGAAUUUGAUGAACAGGCAGAUGAAAGUAAUUAUGAUGAGCAAGUUGACUUCUAUGGCUCUUCUAUGGAAGAAUUUUCUGGUGAAAGGGCGGAUGGAAAUUUAAGUGCUCACAGACAAGAUCUUAUGAUAGCAACAGGCUAUGGUGAAGGCAUUGAAAUGGCUGCAGGAAUUAAAGAAGAAACAUCCCUCACUGGAUUCUCACAUGCUGAUAAGCUGUAUCCCUGUCAGUGUGGUAAGAGCUUUACACACAAAAGUCAGAGAGAUCGGCACAUGAGUAUGCACCUUGGUCUUCGACCUUAUGGGUGUGGUGUCUGUGGUAAGAAAUUCAAAAUGAAACACCAUCUUGUUGGCCAUAUGAAAAUUCAUACAGGCAUAAAACCAUAUGAAUGUAACAUCUGCGGAAAAAGGUUUAUGUGGCGGGACAGUUUCCAUCGGCAUGUGACCUCUUGUACCAAGUCAUAUCAAGCUACUAAAGCCGAGCAGAGUACUACUGAGAUGAACUGAGACAUUAGAGCUUACAUUUGUUUAGUACAGUAAUAAAAAUAAACUAAUUAUUCAAAUAGUGUCUGGUACUUGCUAUUGUGAAAUUUAAAUUCUCAAAAAACAAGUUUCAGUGAUUACGCUGGUGUGAGCAGACCAAAUGUUUUAUUUUCCACAGUACUAUUCCAGGUGGUGGGUAUGAAGUGGAAAUGGUUAAUCUGAAAGGUGCUUGCAAAAUGUGUUCUGUAAGGUCUUUGACGUUAAUUGCCAUCACAACAGUAUUUAGAAGCCCUAUUGUUUUCUGAGUGUUUUAAGUUGACAGUAAAACCUAGCUCUAAAUUGACCCAAAUUGUACAAGUAUGUACAUGAAGCAGGAAUUCAAGUAGCCUUACUAGGGGGGUGGGGGUGGAAUAUAAAGGAGAACUUGGAUAACUGCACUGGACUAUGUGGACUAUCUAUUAAUAAAAUUUCUGUGAUUCAUGUUUUAUGGGAAAAAAGGUAGAAUUUAACAUUAGACUGGAGACGGCCAACAUAUUCAACAUGCAUCAUUAAAUAGCCUGCAUCGUUAAAUGUCCUUUAUUGCAUUGCUUAAUGAAAGGCUGUGCUAAAGGUGAUUUGGCUUUCCUUUAUCUGCCUUCCACUUUUUUAUCUAUCUCCAGUUGCUUAAUUUUGUGCUGGCUUCUAUUUAAAGAGUCUGUAAAGCACAUAAAUAUAGUUAAGUGCUAUGUGAACUGAAAUCUGUAUUCAGUAUAAUUUAGUUUGCUCUUCCAGGGCCUAAUGCUGUAUGAGGCUUUGGCUUGGCUUGAUUUUGAUUGUUACAUACUGAGAGCUAUUGAAGUGUGUGUAAUAAGUAUGUCUUGCCAAAAAAAAAAAAAAGUAAUAUUUGGAACUUACCCAAAAUACUAAAAAUUCUAAGAUCUAACCGUAUAUUCACAUUUUUUUGUGACUUACUACAGUAGCAAGUACCAAACUCUGUAGCUUCAUUAAUUGACUUGGUGUUUAUUGGCACAAAAUCUUGUUUGAAACUUUUAUCUAGUUUUAGAAACAUGCUUUAGGAAAAUGAUUUAGGCAUUGAUAAUUCUUAAUUCUUUACUCUUUGAAUAGUAAGAAGUAAGAACUUAUGAUACAGAUUCUUGGUACUGAACUACUGUGACUGGUUACAUAGAUAGUAAGUAGCCAGAUCUGUUUACCUCUUCAAAUGAAGUUGCUUGUGAGGGAGGGAGAAUGUAGAAAGUACUGUAUUUGGAUCUAGUAAUGGUGCUGCAGAACAUGGUACCAUGCUCAUGUCCAAGGUCUGGAUUUUCUCUGGGAAAGUGACGCUUCUUCAUUAGUAUGAGGAUCUUAUUCUUGGAGCUAGAUGGAAGAAUGUUUGUGGUUUUGAGAGAUGCUGCCAGCUCUGGAGUAGAGUGAAUGCAUCACUUAAAAAGGUGGCAACAGGAUUUUGGGGUUGAAAGCUUAGUGCAUUCCUAUGCAAAAGCAAUAACCCUUCUCUGUACUUUACUGAAAUAUAAAAAGAGCCUUUAGAGUAUACCUAGGCUGUAAUGGAAAGGAGUGAUAUCCAAGCACAGUGUUUGUAACAUGAGGAAUAACGUUAACCAUCAUCAAAGGCCUUCGAAGCCUGUGUGGCCCCAGUUAAUACAUUAAAUCUGGAACAUGCAGGAUAACGUACUUACACAAAUGACCCUGUAUGAUGAAGGAAAAACAUGUGAAGGUAAUUCCAACUUGGAUUCUUUUUUAAACUCCUGAUUACAAAUUGUCUUGAGAUGCAACCAAACUGUUUCCUGAACAUCAGUGUCUUGUACAAGCUGGGGUUUAGUACUUGGUGGGCUGUAAUUACUGUCACUUCUUUUCUGGCAUUCUGCUUACAAACUUCAAUUUUUUAAGAGGCUUUAAAUCUUCUAAUGCUUCAGAUAUUUUCACAUGGAAUGUUCUUAAAAGAGAUACUCCCAAAUAUCGUGAAUCCAUUGCUGGCAAUGGGCAUGAAUGGUCAGCAUCAAGGAGUUCCUAUUCUUAGCACUUAAUUGAACUCUCUAAUAUACCAUGGUGGCCAUAUGUAUAACCCUUGUAAUCAAGGUAACUAACAGGGAUUUGCUCAUUAACACUGUAACCUGCUUAAUGUAUAGAAGCACUUUGUAUUUAAUAACAAAAAAAAAAACUUUUUAAGUAUGUUUUUUAAACUUAAAAUGAUAUUCCCUUUAUGGUUUAUUUCCACACUGCUAACACUCUGUUUUUUAAUACUAAGAAAAUUAUAAUGCUUGCCUGUUUACAUAAGUAUAGAGGAAAGGGUUCUUGCACUCACUGGCUCUAAUUUUCCAUUCUUCAAGGCCUUACUCUGCAUACAGGGCAUCAUUUCUGCAAAUACCAUCAUCUCAUUUUUGAGAAAGGUAUACUUAUACUCAUUUCAAGAGUGAUCUUGUAUAUUGCAUUGGUUCUCAAACCCUUUCAAAUCGUCACUUCAGUGUUGCAUAAAAAGAUGAAGGAUGUCACUUCCCAUUUAACCAAUAAAAGGCUGGUCAGAAGCACCAGGCUGAGAACCAUGGUCACACAAAAAAUUUUAACCAUUAAAUCCAGACCAUCUUACAGAGCUGCCAGCAAAACUGUUUCUUUUUACCAGCUUGGAAUGACUUUUAUAUGGGAUGUUUUAAAGUUGAUUAUUGGUCCUAUUUGCAGUUAGAUUACUUUGAAAUAAAGCUUUAAAAUAAAAUGUACUGAGAGAGACAUUUUAAAUGUUUUUAUGACAGGUCCAGUAGAUUCUAUAGAACCAUAUCCUCCUUUAGUGAUUCAGCAUGAAUAGUAUCUUUUAAAUAUUUGCCUGUUACUGUUUUACUUCAUAUUAUGACAUCAUCUGGAACUCCUGCAAAUGUUGCUGCGCUGGUUAUUUUUUAUAAUGCUUGACUUUCUGAUAUUAAUUUACCUGAAACCAACUGAUUGAAGGAAAAUACCAAUAAGAUUAUGAGAUGUAAUUGAGAGGAUUGAGUGUUUAAGUGGAGCUUGAGAUACUUCUGUAAAAAUGUUAGUUUUGUCUACCGCAGGCAAAACAGUUGACUUGGAACCUUUUUACAGAGGUUAACUUUCUGUGCUUCAACAGGCUUCUAAACAAUGAUGGAGGUAUUGCGAAAAAGAAAAAAAAUUAAACACUCCCCCUUCCUCAGGCUCACCUUAACUCUAACACUCCAAGCCUAACUCCAACACUCUAACCCUCCAAGUUCCUAAUCUCACUUCUGCUUAUUUUCAUUAGGAGUUCCUCUCUGUCUCUUUGUUUCAGUCCUCUUGGUGAGGUGAAAGUUUGCACAGGAGGAUGGGGUCAUGUGCUUCCCUGUUUCUUAGUGGGUAGCCCCUGCUGUGCCAGGCUUGUCCCUGUCACUACCCAUUGGUGUGGUUUCUCCAUGGACUGUAGCCACUUCUAGGAUGUGGUUGUUCUUGCUUGGGUCACCCCUGGUGCUCAGUUACUUCAGAGGUGUACCCGCUAUAGCACAGGUUAUCCAUACGUUGAGGUCCCAUGGAAAUGUUGCUCCUUUGGCACCAUGUGCCCUUCUGAGAGUGGGUCUUCACACAUGUCCUCAGUGUUUCCUUGGUGCAUCUUCCCAGUCUCCUCAGUUUCUCCUCAUGCGUUUCUAGCUCUGUUUCCUCUGGAGUAUCUCCUCCUUUUUUAAUUCCCUGCACCUCUUGAACAUCUACUGCUUGUUUUAACUGUAUUUCAGCGAAGGUGCUGUGCUGGUUCAAGAUUUGGCAUGUAACGGGCUGUUUACAUCAGUUUCAGUGCUAGUUAGAACCUGUUUUGACAGGCACAGGGCAGUUUGUAACCAUUUGUUUGCCACCUUUGCAGCCCACUGAAACCCAGCAAUUUAUGCCCAGGACAGCUGUAGGCAGUAAAGUGAGAAAUGCAGAUGCAGCUUCUACUGAGCUGUUAGUCAUCGCUAGUGCAGUGAAUUUGUUCAGGAUAAGAGAUUUUUUCUUGGCUGUGAGCAGGAGGGAAGUGACCAAUAUGUAUCCAAAUGCAUAUUUGGUAAAUUUCAUUCAUCUUCCCAUAAGCUUCAGUACCUUAAUGAUACAACCUUGAAACUUCUGUGUAUUUUUAUAUUGCUCACUUCUGCUGUUGACAGCAGUAAGGUAAGUAUCUUCUGAAAACCAGAAUCAUUGUACACACAGGAGGCUUUCAAAAUUUUCCAUUACUGUGAAGCCGUUCAUUGUCCUGUCAAUGGAAGAACAUCUGUUAUGACAGCUGAGUUCAUUUUCAUCCUGUUCCAGAACUAAGCUGUUAAUUACCAUGGUAUCUAUGUAACUGACAUUCCAAAAAUAUCCAAAAAACUCUUAGCAGGGUUAUGAUGUCCUUUAGAUGUAUGUCUGACCCUUUUGAGGGAGGAGGUUACUAUUUCACACACUGUUGUAGGUCUGUUACUGUUUUUUAAAUAUUACCUUCAAAGUUGCAUGCUGAAGCUAUCUUUGUUUAAUGGGUGAGCAGGUAGACUCCAGAAGGUACUGUCCAUUACAUUUUUCAUUUUAACUUUUAUUCAUCUGAGACUUUUGUUUAAGAAAUUUUGUCCUGUAUCAAAAGCAAGGGAGGGUGAUCAAAGGCUGAUAACAUUGAAGUCCCUAUGCUGUCGAGUCUGAAAGAAGGGAGUCACUUCUUGUAAUUUCAGCCCUUUUGUGCUGAUGCCAGUGAGGUGACCUUUCUUUGAAUUCUGAGAGCCCACAGCAGUAUAUUGAGUAUUUUGCUUUAAUAGAAUUAGAACAUUUCUCAAAACAGAUGAAAGUUGCUUUUUUUUUUUUAAUCAUUUAAAUGCUUCAUUGGAUGGCUAGAGUUCUUUAGCUGUAAGCUGACAAUGCCCUAGGGGAAGAUGCUGGAAAACAAAAUGGUAUAUUUUUAACGUGAUUAAAUUGUAAGUUCUAAUUUUGCUUGAAGCCUGUGUCUGUCAAUUGCUGCUCUUUUUUUUUGUUUGUUUGUUCUUCAUGGGAUUCCAUAUUUCUUCCAGAAAUAUAAGUGCUUAUGCAAGUCAAGUGAAUCUUCCUUAAUGAGCUAUAUGUUUUUAUUCUAAACAAGUCAUUUAUAAUAGUAAAACUGCAUAUCUUGAUAUUUUGUGAGAUGUUAUGCUUGUACUGCAGAGGUUGGAUAGAUUUGUCUAUAAAUAUUGCUGUCUUAACUGUACAGCAUGGUUUUAAUUUAAUGUUACUGUUCAAUAUUUUCUUCUUAUAGAAGAGUCCCAUGCCCCCUUUUUGUAUAACAUGUUUUAAUAAAUGUUAUCUGUCAACUUUGUAAUGUUUUCUUAAGCUUGAAUGAAAGGAAUGCAUGUCUAGUACUAGUAUUUAAUAUUUUACCAAAUUAAGUGCUCAAACAAUAAUUCAAAUCCAAAAGUUGUUCAUAUAUAACUUUAUUAAAUAUGUAAAGGAAAA